ACCUUCACCUAGCUGUCUAUAUAUGACAUGUUUGCAUUUUUCAAGCUCCUCAACUCUCUCUCUCUCUCUCUCUCUCUCUCUCCAACACAGAGAAGACUUGAGACAUGGCCAUAGCAACAGCUCUAGUAAUUUUGCUGCUUGCAGCCCCAGCAGUUUAUGGAGUGCAGCACACUGUUGGUGACACAGCUGGCUGGGAAUCAAAUGUAGAUUAUGUCACUUGGGCUGCUAGUAAAACCUUCACUGUUGGUGACACUCUUUUGUUCACCUAUGGUGCUUCCCACUCAGUGGAUCAAGUAAAUCAAGCAGGCUACAGUAGUUGCAGUUCAAGCAAUGCCAUCGGAACCCAUAGUGAUGGGAACACAUCAAUCCCCCUCUCACAAGCUGGUCCAGUCUACUUCAUUUGCCCUACUCCAGGUCACUGUGCCAGUGGCAUGAAGGUUACAGUCACUGUUGUGGCAGCUGGCAGCCCUCCUACCACUUCUCCCACAACUCCAUCUCCACCAGCCACAACCCCGUCUCCACCCACCUCCACUCCGUCUCCACCCACCACUCCUGCCAGCAAUAAUGGUUCGUCGCCGCCACCCCCGCCACCUUCCGGAGCAGCAGCUCUUAGCAUGAAUAUGCUUGGGGUUCCACUUGCGCUGGCAACCUUGGUUGCAUUCAUGGGCUAGGGAGGAGGCAGUGCGGUUGAUCUUUUUCUUUCUUCUUUCUAAUAAUUGACCGGACAUAUUGUUAUGUUGUAUUGUGUUGAAUUGGUGUGAUGUUAGAUGAGAGAUGUUAGAUUUUUUAUGUUUAUAUUAUAUCAUAUUCUGGAUGGACGACAAUUGGUUGUUCU